CAGGACUGGGAAGAUGACGUCAGACGUUUUAAACGGAUCUUCCGUCAUCCUAGUGACACAGAGCUUGUGGUUCUUAUUGGAAAUCAUGACAUCGGCUUCCAUAAUGAAAUGACUAAGCAGAAGUUGGAGAGGUUUGAGAAAGUGUUUAACGUGACAUCAGCGCGGAUCCUCACCAUUAAAGGAGUCAAUUUUUUGCUGGUGAAUAGUGUUGCAUUACAUGGCGAUCACUGCCCCAUCUGCCAACGUGUGGAAAAGGAGUUACACAAACUCUCACAUGCUCUUAACUGCUCCAUUCAGAGUGAACAGCAUUAUGACCAGUGCAAGAACACAGAGAGUUUUGCCUCAACAGCACCUGUUCUACUACAGCAUUACCCUCUGUAUAGAGUGAGUGAUGCCAUGUGUACAGGUAUAGAUGCAGCACCUCUGGAUGAACGAUACCAGCUAUUUCAGGAGCGUUAUGAUGUUAUAUCUAAGAAUGCCUCCAAAAAGCUCUUGUGGUGGUUCAAGCCCGCCCUAAUUCUCAGUGGCCACACUCACCAUGGCUGUGAGGUACUGCAUGAAAACCUCUAUCCUGAGAUCAGUAUCCCAUCCUUCAGCUGGAGAAACCGCAACAACCCGAGCUUCAUCCUGGGCACAUUCUCCAGGUCUGACAUCCGGCUGUCAAAGUGUUUUUUGCCAGAGGAGAGGACUGUGUUAGCACUUUACUGCAGCAGCUGUCUGAUCAUUGCACUGAUAACACUCAGUCAUAUCAAGAUGUUCAGAAGAUCACUGCAUUUGCCAAAUAGCCUUCUAGUAAAGCACAAGACUUUGUAACAUGCACAAAAGGCAUGUGAGAGUUAUGUGGCACUGUUAAUGAUAACAGUGGUUUAACAGUAAGCCCUGAAUUUAUGUGCACAGAAACAAGAAAUUGUUGAAAAUAAAUUAUUUUACUGGUUUGGAUGUUCUCACAGCAUCUUUGAUUUCUGAUUUUAAAUGGUUAAUAAAUAAUUUUGAUGCACAAUAGUUUAAUUCAAACAGAAGUCACAAUUUCAAAACUCUUAACAUAGUGAAAUAGAAGUAUGUGCGGACCAAACUGUGAAUAUUUUGUUUUCCUUAGGAUUAUUAGGGCUCAAGCCCAAAGGGUGAGAGCCCUAUUGUUCUCUUUAGGAUUAUAAGGACCCGAGCCAAUAGGUGCAGGGCCCUCUUGUUCCCUUAAGGAUUAUUCUUAUUAGGGCUCAAGCCCAAAUCGGUACACACGUGUAGCACACCAUUACCUACAAAAAAGUCUCUUGGUACAAAAUCCAAAACCCAAC